AUGAAUGACAAUGGACUUCAUCCUUUAUUGACUUCUCUUGUAUCUUGUUAUUUUUCUAAAUUGAAUGAAAAUGAAUUACAGAAAAUAAAAGAGGAAGUUAAUAAAAGAAUUGAUGAUGGGAAUCAUGUAACUUAUUGGAGAGAAGUCAGAGUAAAAAUUAGUGAAGAAAUUCAGAGAAGAGAGUCAAUUAAAAGUCAACGCAAAUUAAACGAAAAAAGUCCUUUUGAAGUUAUUUGUAAUGAACCACUACAAAGAAUGCAACAAGUUGUUGACAAAUAUACUUUCAUCAAUUCUAAAGAUAAAACUUUAAUUCCUCAAGUUCAUUGUCGAGUUAAUUUAAUUCAACCAAAAACAAGAUAUUCAACAGCAACUGGUAAGACAAAUGAAAUAACAGAUGGUUAUGAAAUAACAAUUUUAUAUCCAAAUUUUCAUGGAAGAGUUAAUUAUAGAAUAGAAGAAACAGACAAUAAAAACUUUUGUAAAUUAAUUAUUACAUCAAAUUCACAGUAUAAGGAUGUUGAAUUCAUUAUUGAAAAUAAACGGAUUGAAAUGUCUCAAAGAAGAGGAUAUUCUUGUUAUUUUGAUAAAGAAUUAUUUCAUCUUAAAUUCUUUUUUAAAAGAGAUUUUCAAGAAAUAGACUAA